AUGCCACUCGGUGCACAAUCUGCGAGGCUAGGACAGUCUCUCGUGCAUAACGCACGUCCAGUGAUACCAUCCUUGUCAACAGGACGCGCCACGCUCUCCACUGCACAUGCCCUGCGCUCAGCGAGCAAAUCUCCACUGAGGAUGGAGAAUCAGAAGAACGUAGGCCACCUGCCAUCCUACGCCCCUGUUGGCGUUUCUGCCGCGCUCGAUGCGUCUCCAUCAUCGACGCCGAAGCCAACGUUGUUCGACCACGAGUUCUCCCUGGCAGAUCGUGUCGCCCUUGUGUCAGGCGGGAACCGCGGGCUUGGGCUCGAGAUGGCCAUGUCCCUGGUUGAAGCAGGUGCACGCGUAGUAUACUGCGUUGACCUUCCAAAGCAGCCUGGUGAAGAGUGGACCAAGGUGAAAGAGUAUGUCGGCAGGAUGCAGGGCAAGGCGGGUCAAGGGAGGCUUGAGUACAUCAGCGCCGACACACGAGAUCAGGAAGCAAUGUGGAGGAUCGGCGAGAAAAUCGGCGACACCGAAGGCCGAAUGGACGCAUGUGUAGCUGCCGCCGGUAUCCUCAAACCCCACACAGACUGCCUUGACUACCCUGCCAAGCAGUUCCAGGAGGCACGUCGUAUCCAUUCUACAGGAUCCGCGAACUAA